AUGGCCUCAACCCUAUGGGACAGUACAUCCAUGGACUGUGAGGACUACGAGCCAGAACAACGGCGACAACUCCUUUUGGCCCAGCGGGCCGUGAUGGAAGCAAAGACAGCAGCGCUUGACGCCGAGCUUGCUUCUCUCCUCCCAUCCUCUUCCCAAUCCUCCCGCCAAUACCACCGCUCUCCCAUACGCAAGCACCACCAGCAGCAUCGAAGUAGCAAUGUUCCUCGAAGCAUGCCUUAUAGCGUUGUUCCUGCGAUGGCCAGACAUCACUCUGACCUGAACGACAUGUCGCAACGUCCGAGAGCCCUUUCACAGCGCUCGGCAUCGUCGAUGACACGAGCAAACUCAAGAGGCAACUCUUCCCAGCGCGCCAAUGUUCCUUUCACCCAAAAUGGAGCGAUACCUCCUCCACCCCUGAAUUCGGUUCCACAGAACUCCGCUAUCAUGGACUGGGUCGCCCAAGAACAACCCUAUACUGCAUACACCUACUCCCAGACCCCCCAACUCCAGCGAUCAACAUCUCAGAGGAACUCGAGUCUUGAAAAGGUCCCAGAGCUCGAUUCUGUAGGAGAGAACCCAGGCGACUAUAUCACUCGAAAAUUGGGUACAGCGGGCAACUCGCCGUCAAUUUCCAUGCCAUCCUCGGCAACAUUCAACAGCAACAACCAACUCCCCACAAGUUAUUUGAACACGCAAACGCCCUCGACUCCCACACUCGACUCUGCGACGACACUUACAAGCGAAAUGAGUCGGCACAAUAGUCUCUGCACGGGACUCGAAAGUAUGCAGAUGAAUCUCACUUCGAACUACUCACAUCCCACUGAUCCAUACCCCGAUCAGUCCACGAAUGAUCAUGGUACUGGUUUUCCAUCCCCUUGUCAUACUCGUCGUUCUUCAGACGAGGAGCAAUCUCAGCUUCUUGUUGGUACUGGUGGUGCAAGUCACGAGUCCCGGUUUCCUAAAUUCUUUCAAAUUUCGUCUCGUGGCUCACCUGGCGAAAAGAUGGAAAAGUCUCGGUCAAAUGAAAGUAUUUCAUCGUCCGGCUCAUCAUCGUCGUCGUCUCGAAAUGUCAAGCGCCUGCAAGAUCAGAUCAAUAUGGCUGCAGCACGGCCGAUCAUGCCCAAGGGUGGUGGCGAAGGCAUCCCAAUGACUCGAGAAGCUUCAUCGCAGUCAAUGGCACGAAUCGGGUCGAAGGACGGCUUACAAGACAAAGUUGCCAUCUCAAAGCCUACUUAUCAACGACCUAAACACGAGCGCGUCUACUGCGAUCAAUGCGAUACUCAUCAGGAUGGGUUUCGCGGCGAGCAUGAGCUGCGGCGCCACGUAGACCGAGAGCAUAAGACGACGGUCAAGAAGUUCGUCUGCAUUGAGCCGACAGAUGGCGGGCAUCACCCGGAGCCUAUCGUGUCACUCUCGCGAUGCAAGGCAUGCACUCAGCAAAAGAAGAAGUACGGGGCGUACUACAACGCUGCUGCACAUUUGCGCAGAGCUCACUUCAAUCCUAAGACUAAGGGGCGGUCGAAGAACCAGCCGAAGUCGGAUGAUACUAAUAAGCGAGGUGGGAAGGGUGGCGGGGACUACCCACCAAUGUCCGAGUUGAAGUUCUGGAUGAAAGAGGUGGAGGAGAAAGUCACCGAGUGCCUCACUGACGCCCAGCAAGAAGCGGCUGAUGCAUCCGACGACGAAACUCCCGACAAUUCUAUCGACGAAACUACCUACUCCCGUCAACCAAUGCAGGCUCUAAACAGCAAUUUCAUCUUCGACGACGCUUUCCUCGUUGAUACCUCGCCAAUCGCCAACCUCUACCCAUCGUCACUCGAUAUUAACAGCAGCGACAUCUUUGGUAUGCAAACCAUGCCUCUCGACCUGCCUGGUACUGCUCAGCAAACUCAUUGCUUAGACCCGUCCAUGCACUUGUCAAAACAGAGCAAUUUUCCUUAUUUCUCAGACCCUACACAUAUCGACGCUAUGUCGGCAUUCCUAAAUUCUUCUCCUCUCCCUCCACAAAGCUUCGAAAACUUUGCGGGUUGGGAUUAA